AUGAAUUUGUGUGAAGAGGAUGCUAGGAGUUGUGGAGAAGGUAUUGUUGGAUUACCAAUAUCAACGUCCUUUAAUGAUGGUUCAUUUGUAUGUUUGGGCAAUAGGUUGAAGCAAACAUUUUCUUCCUUUGAUGAUUUAUUGACAAAUUCUGGCAAACCCGCACUGGUUGACUUCUACGCAACUUGGUGUAGUUCAUUUCAAUUCAUGGCUCCUAUUCUUAAUGAAGUCUGUGCUUCAACGAAAGAUAUGAUCCAGGUGGUGAAAUUUGAUACUGAGAAGUACCCAAGCAUCGCUGAUAAGUACAAAAUAGAAACAUUGACAACAUUCAUCAUAUUUAAGGAUAGAGAAUCCUAUGAUAACUUUGAGGGCACUUUGACUUCAGGCCAUCUCAUCGAACGGAUUGAAACCUCACUAAAAGUUAAGCAGUAGCUAGAAAGCCUAGAAGUUUUCAUGUUGAGUCUUUUUUUCUCUUAUCAGCUAAGUUUUUUGCAUUCACUUUUGAGAAGGUAUAUUUUGUUAAAGACCCUUGCAGCAGUUCUUUUUUAUAUUUACGUUUUUUGGUUUGUGCUCAGGAUAGACUGGGAAAUUGAUAAUCAAACAAUUACAGUUGGAAUACUGGAGCUCAUAGAAGAGGAUAUGCAAGUGUCCAACAACCAUAGUGUCACUCUCUGGAGAUCAGUUCUUCUGGGGUGAGAGAAUUUUUCAGAAAGGACUGGGACGCUCUCCAAUCCCUAUAUCUCAGCGCAGCAUUGAAAGCCUAUCAGAUGCCAUAAGAUUUAUGCUCGAGCCAGAGGUGAAAUCUGUGUAAUGGAAGUAGCGAAGUUGAUAGAGAAUGAAGAUGGUUUUGCGGCUGCAGCUGAUGCAUUUCGCCGGCAUUUGCCUCCAGAGCUAUGAUUACAAACUGAAUCUUAAGAGGAAGAUGAUCAUCCGUAUCCUUUGCAGUGGCUAUUUAUUCAAAUUGGGAAAUUGUGUUCUCGUGGUUAGUAGGCUUUUAGUGGUAACCUGCUGUGUUGUAUAGUUUUUUCUUUUCUUUUCUUUUCUUUUUUUUUUCUUUUUUUUUUUCAAUUGUUUGCAUAUGUUCAAUAUUUCAUUCAUUUUAUUCAUGGCUUUUCUGUAUGGUUUUAAUAACAAUAAAAUACUUUACAUAGUUUCCACGAUCAUAAAGCAGCUAGUGUAGGCUUCUUUUGUCUUCA